AUGAGACACGUCGUCUUCUUGACCGGCCUCCUGGCCGCCGCCGGCCCCUUCCUGGUCGGCGCCCAGACCCAGAGCGGAGGAGACGAGCCGGACGUAGGCCCGACGAUCGGCACAGCCACGCUCGAACCCAGCUUCAUCGAGUGGCUCAGGCAGCAGCGGAAGCACAAGAAGGUCGACGUCCCGCCCAACCUUCCGGCCUUGAACUCCUUCACCACCGUCACCACCCCCGGCUCAGGCUCCUCGGCGUCCACUGCCACGACCGGCACCCGCGUCAUCUUGCCCAAGCGGGACGCGCAAGUCACCGCGGCCCCGCCCAUCGGCACAGGCAAGCCCAGACUCGGCUUCGAGGAGUGGUACAGCGCGCAGACGAAGAGGACCAUGUCCGUCGAAGUCGCGAGGAUGAAGUCCUUGGCCCUGUCCAAGCUUCCGACCCCGCUCAUCGACACCGCCGUCCCUACCACCGCCGUCCCUACCACCGCCGUCUCUACCACCGCCGUCCCUUUCACCACCGGCACCGGCACCGCCGUCCCUACCACCACCGGCUCCGGCUCCGGCUCCGGCUCUUCGGCGGAGACACCCACGGCGGAGACAUCCUCGGCGUCCGCCGCCGCGACCAGCGCCCCCGUAAAAGAGCGGAACACAGGCCAGGGCAGCGGUUUGAUGUUCUUCAAGUGUCGCUCCAAAAAGUGCGAGAACUUGUGCGGCGGCUGCGACAGGCACCUCAAAUACCUGUCCCGCGAAGAGCAGAAGGUCCACGACGAGAGGGUCCGUGAAGAGAAGCUCCAUGAGGAGAGGCUCCGCGAAGUGAAGCUCCGCGAAGAGGAGCUCCGCAAGGAGAUGCUCCGCAAGGAGGCGAUCCAGAAAAGGGAGACGCUCGCCCUGGAGGCGCCUAGCAAGGAGGGGGGGCCCGGGGGGUGGCGCGGCAAAAAGUGCCGCCACAAAUGGGGCCCGACCAAGCCCUGCGCCUCGACACCCUCGGGACCCAAGAAGCCCAAGAGGCCCCAGGAGCCAAAGACCACCACCACCGCCACCUCCGCCUCCUCCGCCUCCUCCGCUUCUACUACCACCGCCGCCUCCUCCGCCUCGUCCACCUCUACCGCCCCCGCCGCCCCCGACUACACCCCGACCUACAUCCUCAACCCCUACCCCACCAUGCCCGCAGCGGGAUUGGGGGAUAGGAAGAAGUGGGAUCAGGAGGGACGCCCCGGGCUGACCUUGAUGGAGGACCCGGAAGUGCCCCCCCGUCCCACCGAACCCGUCGUCAAGGGCCGCCAGGCGGAGCCGCAGCUCACCCGGGCCCACGAAUUCCAUCACAUCCUGAACCUGCCCCGUCCCAUCCUGGACGUGCCCCCUGUCCCUACCGCCACCCGAGGUCCGUCUUUUAACCCUCCCCCCUACAAAAUUCGGGCCAUGGAAAAUCCCCCGUCGCCCACCGACCUCCCCAAGGUCAUCUAUCCCGGCGUCGAGGAUCGGUUCGCGCCCCGUCCCCCCCUCCUCACAAACCCCCUGUUGGGCCCCGGGGGGUAUGAUAUUCCCACGCGGGGCCCCGGUUCCUUUCCCGUGCCCCCUGUCUCUACCGCCACCCGAGGUCCGUCUUUUAACCCUCCCCCCUACAAAAUUCGGGCCAUGGGAAAUCCCCCGUCGCCCACCGACCUCCCCAAGGUCAUCUAUCCCGGCGUCGAGGAUCGGUUCGCGCCCCGUCCCCCCCUCCUCACAAACCCGCUGUUGGGCCCCGGGGGGUACGAUAUUCCCACGCGGGGCCCCGGUUCCUUUCCCGUGCCCCCCAUAAUUGGCCAGAACUCGGCCGAACCCCAGGAGUAA